UAGCACUCAUUCCACCACUCAAAGAUGUCUUUUUAUUUUCACACGGAUCAAACGAACCGAUGAGACCGAGGACACGGAGAAAACUCAAAUUUGGAGUCAUAGAGCCAUUGGUGCCAUCUCCUGGGACAAGGAGUUUAUCAAAGUUUCAUGCAAGGAGUCUUUGAAAACAGAGUUGACUUCCAGCAUCUCCUCUGCAGAAACUCAUACUCCAGAUGAACUUAGAGCCAUUUCUCUGAUACGAACCCCCGAGUAUUCGCCUGCUCCUCCAAACUUCACUCUGAACACGAGGGCGUUCCGUCUGCCUGUUUUGAUGACUAAACCCACAGAUAAAGGUGAGACUAUGGUUCCAGCACCUCCCAAUGUUCCUCAAACAAAGAUGAUAAAAGCUAUACCUAAGCUGUUCAAGCACACUGCAAGGGCUGUUAGUAAACCAAGGAAGAAGCCUGUGACGGGGAGUGUCUACAAACCCAGGACUUCAACUGUCAGAAAAGAGCUUCAGCCACUGCUGAACCCUGUGGAGAGCCUGUCUCACUGCCUGCAGCAGAUGUCCUCAGAUGACUGGAGGAAGAAAAUCAUUGGGAUGAAAAUUAUUCAGGCUCUGACACUGCAUCACCCACAGACCCUGAAGACCAAACUCCACCAAGUGUGUUCAGUCCUCAUUCAGGAGGUGAAAAACCUGCGCUCUGCAGUGGCCUGUGAAGCCAUCUCCACUGUGGGUGGCCUUUACGUGAACCUCCAGACUGCCAUGGACCAAGAGGUAGAGCGCACCGGCAAAGCCCUGCUGUUGUCAAUGGCACAAAACAGAGCGGCCUUUUGUAAAAAGCAGACCAGUCUGGCCCUGGACGCCAUGGUGAAAAACUGCAGCCUCACACAAAUCGUCAAUGUUCUGCUAAACACGGGGCUGAUGCACCCUCAUGCUGUGGUACGAGCGAGCAUGGCCCAGCACCUGCACCAGGUGGUCGAAAGAGUCGGAGCUGCUCGCAUCUUGACCACAGAGAGGAGCUUCACAGAUCCAUUCCUCAGAGCUGUUGCUAAAAUGUCUAUGGAUGCAGCUCCAGAUGUGAGGCACCAUGGACAACUAAUGUUCCAGGAAAUGGCUCGACAAAGGGACUUUAUGAGACAGUGGGAGAAGAUCAGACCAGAAGACGAAAGGUUACAACUGAUUAAAAUUAUAAAUAAGGUUCGAAGAGUUAAAAAUGGAGACUCACAGUCCAGACUUGUAUGAUUCAUUUACAAAAGAAGUUAUCUGUGAUAACAUUUAAGUCAAGGCUAGAAAACUUGCUUUAGAGGGGCCCCUGACUACCAGUGUGAGGGUAAUUUAAGUACUGUGUUAAAUCAACAUUGUAAUUGUUUUUGUGUGUUAAUACAGAUGUGUA